AUGAUCUUGUCAGCGAGCCUAUGGUUGCACCUACUCUGUCUUGCUGCUCUCUUUGUUCAGCCUGUCUACCUGCAGGAGAGGGGGGCGGCGCCUACGGGCAGGGAAGAUUUAGGACUUGUCAAUUUCCCGUUGUCUGCGAUAGUUGGUCAAGCGGCCCUUAUCAGCUAUACUGCUCCAGAUUUGAACGUUGUAAGGGCAUUUCCAUUUCGCAUCAAAGCUACGUCUCAAUGCAUGUCCCCGUUGUCCGCACUAACGUAUUCGCAAGCUUCCGCCACAGGAGGAACUUACAUAUGGACGCCCUCGGCAGGUCUCGAGCCCGCUAGCGACUAUGUGCUGGAGCUCAGCCAAGGGGGAGGAGAUCCCAAUUACUCGGCGCAAUUUGAGAUAAUGAUCGGAGGGUCCAGCUCCACGGUGGCCGUAUCCACCGCAACUGCUGGACCACCGAGACAGACAACGACGGGGGCCUCGUCACAAUUGAUCCCACCAAGCCGUUCCUCGAUCUCUUCUGUAUCUACAACCACUCUCCCUUCCUCUGUCUCUGCCUCUGCCUCUGCCUCAGAGCCAGCAUCGUCCGCUUCGACGAACCCUUCCAAUACUUCAAGCCCAGCACCGGGACCGACUCCGGGAGGGAACACAGGAGCGAGCGGCGGCGGGCUUUCCACGGGCGAGAAAGUUGCCAUCGGUGUCGCUGUGCCGAUCGGCGUUAUACUCAUCGGCGCCGCAGGCUUCUUCAUCGGACGAAGGAAGAAGCUUUCGCCCGCGGCGGAAGGUCGUGCGGAGGCGGCGGAGUUAGAUGGAAAGGAAUGGAGGGGGCCGGAAUUACCUGCAAAUGGAGGACAGGCGCUCGAUGGUAGGCAGGUCGGAGGAGAUGCACCGGCGGAGUUAGCGGCGCGGGAUAGUGGAAGGGGAGGUGGAGGAGGUCAGGGGGUAAUAGGUGAAUUGCCUUGA